AUGGAAGCGUUCCUUGAGCAAAUCUUGCUGGACGAAGUAGGUCGGAUUCGUCCGCAAUUCGAUAUCGAUGAGGAUGAGAUCACCAAUGGCCAUGCUGGCAAAGCACACGAAGCCACUGUCAAUCGUCGCAUGACGGAACACAGGAUAAGCACCGACGGGACAAUGAACGAACGCAUACACGAAACAACUACAACGCCAAAACAACCUUUGGAAGAGCGAGUGCUGAACCCCCGCAAACGCAAGCUCGAGGAACCUCUCUUUGCGACGGCCCUCCUAGAUUUCGAGAACGUUGAAAUCGCAGAUCACCUACCCUCCCAACCCUCACUCGUCAAGAUUGCCGAAUACUUUUGCACAUCGUUUCACCACUGGAUUGUUCCUCCUACACAGGACUGGACUUGUCUCGAAGAGCGUCGCCGUCUGUUUUGGGUCAUCUUCUUGCUCGACCGCUUCUGUUCAGUUUCCACAGGCUGGAAUACCUCGCUCACAUCUGAAGAUGUGCACAGACGUCUUCCUGCAGAUGGCGGUUACUUUACUCGCGAAGAGCCGGUAUCCACCCCUUUCUUCGGCAUCUGGUCCAAAGCAGCAGGCAGAAUAGGCCGAUCACUUGCCAACGUUCCGGCCCAAUACAACGAGGAGGAUCCAGUGACUGAACCAGUACAAGGAUCGACUCCAGGAUCCGUGGUUGGUCUCAUAGAUUCUUCCAAACUCGGCGCCUUUGCCUACUGCGUGGAGGCUACCGAAUCCCUGAGCCAGGUGACGACAUUCUUUCUCCAGCAAAGGAUAAACUGGCAGGAUAAGGAACAUGCCAUUAACUGGCUGACGCGGUUCAAAGAGCUUGAUCUGCGACUGGUCCAGUGGAAGAUGUUCCUGCCGCCUCGAUGGAAAGAUUCCGAUAUCUCCCAAAACCGAGAAGUGGUCAACAUGGAUCCGAACCUCACAUUGGCACAUAUCACACACAAUACUUCGAUGAUACUUUUGCAUCACUCUAUCGCAUAUCCACCCAAAGAUUGGAGCGACUAUAUCGCUCUACCAAAGGACUGCAGUGCGCAGACAUGCCGACAUGCUGCUGUCGAGACGGCGAACAUUGUCACUAAAUUUUUGACACACACUUUGAUCCCGUUCGUGAACACACAAUUUGCCUUUUGUACGUUUAUCGCAGCAAAGGUGCUCCUCUACGAACAUCAAGCCACCGGACGACCGCUUAGGCCAGAGUUUGAUCGCAUGAAGCGCAAUCUGGAGGAAAUGUCGGCGCGUUGGAUAGCCGGCAAACCAGUGUCGGCCCAGAUGGAUCAGGCCGCGAGAUAUGCGCAUCAUCUUGGGUAUCUGCAUGAUGCUUGCCGCCGCAACGGGUUGUUCACGUUCAACUUCUACGACCAUUCAUGUCGCUACCCAGGGGUUUGGACACUUGCGACCAACACCCCAGCACCCGCCUCAAGUCCAUUGAUAACUACCAAGGAGCACGUAUGGAGUGCUGGGAGACCGAGCAUCGCGUCUAAUGGCGACUAUGAUACUCUGACGAGUCCGAAAACGGUAACUCCACCUGCUCAGAACGUCUCCUCCACCGAUUCUGCAUCGUCCUUUAUCAGGCCAGGCACACAAUAUUCGGGGGCCCAACCCAGCGUUAUGCCAUCGCACUACCCAACAGCAAUUCCUGAAGGAGGCUAUCCGAACGGCGAAGUUCUCGCGGGACACUCACUCCAGGAUCAAUCUCUUCUAAGCUUGUCAGACACAUUGAUGGACUCGCAAUUCUUGGAUAUGGAUCGUGUUAUCACGUUUGAGGACACGAACUUUUAUCUACCGGGCGAUGCGUAUAGAUGGCAGACUCUUUCAUAA